AUGGACAGUAGCCGUUUGCUGUCGUUUAACUUUUCUGCGACAUCGCACCCCGUGCAAGUGAAGACGCUGCUGCGUUGGGCCAAUAGUCAUUUGAAGAAGAGCGGCAAGACAUUGGAGCAGCUGGAGCAACUGAGAGAAGGUCUGUUGUUGAUCAAAUUCAUACAGUCUGUUGCUCAAGUUAAUCUUGAAUGCAAGGAUCCCGUCACGUCUCGAAGUGACAAUGUUGCCAAUCUAAAAACUGCAAUCGACUUUCUUGGUAAACAGCAUUUCGAUACAAAAGAAUGGAGGAUUGACGCUCUACAAAGAGGUGAUGAAAAAACUGUUCACUCUCUGGUUCAUGCGUUAGCUUGCAGAUAUCACAUAGGGCUAGUUCCUGGGAAGGCAAUGUUAAAAGCUCGUCACCAACUGCUUGAGUGGGUUAGAGAAUCAAUUAGAAAUGUCAGGAAUAUGACAAUAAAAGGACUUGAUUCAGGAUUCCAUGAUGGGUGGACACUGGCAUCACUGGUACAUUAUUUCAAACCAAACCUGUUGCAGCUGGAUACCACUGAACAGGAUGACCCACUGACAAGAACAAAGAAGGCACUUGCUGCAGCUAAUACGGCUGGAGUCUUGUGCCUCAUUGAUGCCGCAGAUCUAGUGCCAUCUGUGCUGCCUUAUGACAAUGGUUCAGAAGCUCAUGUUGCAGCAGUAGACAGCUUUUCUCUUCUCAUGUACCUCACACAGAUGAAACAUGUGUUUGAGCCAUCAAUUUCUGUUGGUGAGCCUUCUGUCAAACUUUCACCGGUUCAACCCAAGAAGCAGCCAAUGUUGGAUAUGAGUUCAGAGAAUGAUCACGUGUCUAAUGGUACUCACUCUGUCCCAAGUCCAUCCCCAACUGAAGAAGGCAAAUCUCCAUUCAAAAGUGGAGUCACUUUCCACAGAAACAAAGAACGAAGUCCAGCAAUGCAACAUAAAGUUACAACUCAUUCUCCAUUACGAGUCAGUGCUGUAUCCAAAAGUGUAUCUACAACAUCACAUCUUAUGAAACGGUUAGCUUCAUCUGUACCUAAUGGAUUAGAAGAUCUUAUGCAGCUGUUGUUUCGUGAAGUUGAGUCAUUAGAAAAGGAAAGGGAUGACGCCCUUCAGUUAGCUGAAACUCUGUCUAGUGCACUUGAUUCAACACAAUCUCAUGACAGUAAAGAACAAAUGCCCAAAUCACUGGCUGCAGACAACACAAGCAAACAAGGAAAGUACAGGGCAAAGAUCAAACAACUGGAAUUGCAAGUGUCACAGUUAGUUGCUGAGAAUAAAGAACAAAAGAAACAGCUGCAAAAGAGAGAUGGUUUCAUAAAGAUGCUCAAAAAUGAGAUAAAACAAUGAGCAAUGGCUUACUUUGUAGAUCCCAGAAUAGCAAUAAAGUUGACUGCAUUAGAACUACUGAUAAAAAGCUCAAACAAUGCUACAGUUUUGAACAUAUGAAUAAUGUAUUUGCAU